AUGGGUAUCGACCUCGUUGCCGGCGGGAGGAACAAGAGGACCAAGCGCGUCGCGCCCAAGUCCGACGAUGUCUACCUCAAGCUCCUCGUCAAGGAGGAGAAGAACAUUGCUGUGGUUGUUGGUACAAUCACAGAUGACAUGCGGAUCCAAGAGGUCCCAGCAAUGAAGGUUACCGCUCUGAGGUUCACAGAGACAGCGAGGGCAAGGAUUGUCAAUGCUGGUGGGGAGUGCCUCACUUUUGACCAGCUUGCACUCCGUGCUCCAACUGGGGAGAACACGAUCCUGUUGAGGGGACCCAAGAAUGCCCGUGAGGCGGUGAGGCACUUCGGCAAGGCGCCUGGUGUGCCGCACAGCCACACCAAGCCCUAUGUGCGCUCCAAGGGUAGGAAGUUUGAGAAGGCUCGUGGUAGGAGGAACAGCCGUGGCUUCAAGGUUUAA